AAGACUGGGUUUGGCAUCACUAUAAUCCCUAUGAAUGUAGCAAAUGUAAAACAAGUGGACAGGACAGCAAAACAGUCUUUUGAAAUAAUCACUCCCUAUAAAAGCUUUAGCUUUACAGCAGAGUCGGAAGGAGAGAAACAAGAGUGGAUUGAAGCAUUACAGCAAUCGAUAGCAGAAACUCUCUCUGAUUAUGAAGUAGCUGAGAAGAUAUGGUUCAAUGAGUCAAACAGGAGCUGUGCUGAUUGUAAAGCUCCAGAUCCCGACUGGGCAUCCAUUAAUCUCUGUGUUGUCAUUUGUAAGAAAUGUGCAGGGCAGCACAGAUCUUUAGGGCCCAGAGAUUCAAAGGUCCGGAGCCUAAAAAUGGAUACCAUCAUUUGGAGUAAUGAGCUGAUUGAGCUUUUUAUUGUCAUUGGAAAUAAAAGGGCAAACAGUUUUUGGGCAGGAAAACUUCAACCAGAAGAGGAAUUGCAUAUGGACUCCCCUCUAGAAAAAAGGAUAACAUUUAUUACACAAAAAUACAAAGAAGGAAGAUUCAGGAAAACUCUUAUGGGCUACAAAACCAAAGAAGAAUUAAAUAAGGCCCUGUGUGCUGCAGUAGUUAAACAAGAUGUGUUGGAAACAAUGACGUUGCUAUUUAGUGGAGCUGAUGUUAUGUGUGCCACUGGAGAUCCUGUUUACAGUACGCCUUACUUACUAGCCAAGAAAGCAGGGCAAAGGCUGCAAAUGGAAUUCCUCUACCACAAUAAAUUCUCAGAUUUCCCAAACUAUGAUACUGAUUUUGAAAGUGGCUUCUCUCAAGAUGCUUCACAUUCUACUUUUCUUUGUGAAUUUUUAUACAAAGUUUCUUAUAAUGCUGCUAAGCUAUUUACAGACAGGAAGUUGAAAGAAGACUGCAAUAAAAGGUGGUGUACUUUGGAAAGUGGCUUCUUGAGUUACUAUGAAAAUGAUAAAACAACCACUCCUAAUGGUAUGAUUGACAUCAGUGAAGUUAUCUGUCUUGUGGUGCACAAAGAAGACUCCUUUUUAAAUACAGGGGCCAUUUUUACCUUUGAAAUCUACUUACUGUCAGAACGUAUUUUUCUAUUUGGUGCUGAAACUGCACAUUCACAGAGAAAAUGGACCUGGGCAAUAGCCAAGCAUUUUGUUCCCUUUGUGGCUGAAUGUUUGUUAAAGAGAGACUAUGAUCUGAUUGGCCAGCUGUACUACAAAGAUUGCCAUAAUCUUGAUCAGUGGAGAAAAGGCUGGUUUGCUAUAGAUAAGUCAAGUCUACAUUUUUGUCUUGAAAUGGAGAAUGCUCAAGAAGAUUCAAUACAUCUGAGGAGACUGCAGGAGCUGACAAUCAGCAGUGUGAUUCAAAAUGGAGAAAAAAUAGAUGUCCUGCUGCUUGUUGAAAAAGGAAGAACAUUAUACAUCCAUGGUCAUACAAAGUUGAAUUUCACGGUCUGGCAUACUGCAAUUGAAAAAGCAGCAAGUACAGAUGGUAAUGCCUUACAAGAUCAGCAGCUCAGCAAAAAUGACGUUCCUAUUAUAAUGAACAGCUGUAUAGCAUUUGUUACACAGUAUGGUUUAGGUAGCAAACAUAUCUACUCAAAGAAUGGCGACCCUUCCCAUGUGAGCGAGCUCCUAGAGAGCUUCAAAAAAGAUGCAAGAAGUGUUAAACUGAGAGCUGGAACGCAUCAGCUAGAAGAUGUGACUGAUGUACUGAAAUGUUUCCUGUCUCAAAUAGAUGAUGCCCUUCUCACUAAAGAGCUUUAUCCAUUUUGGAUCUCUGCACUAGAUAUACAGAAUGAAAAGGAACGAGUGAGGAAGUAUGGAACUUUUAUUCAGAGCCUUCCACCCGUCAAUAGAGCAACUUUGGCAGCUUUAAUUGAACACCUUUACAGGGUGCAUAAAUGUUCAGAAAUCAAUUUUAUGAACCCGCACAAUCUAGCCAUGGUGUUUUCAUCAUGUUUAUUUCAAACUAAAGGACAUACCAGCGAAGAAGUCAAUGUAAUAGAGGAUCUAAUUAAAAAUUACGUACAGCUCUUCGAUAUAAACGAAGAUCAGGUCAAACAAAUGGAUACAGAGAACCGCUUUAUUACCAAGUGGAAAGACACUCAAGUUUCCCAAGCUGGAGAUUUGUUAAUUGAAGUUUAUGUGGAAAGAAAAGAGCCAGACUGUAGUAUUAUAAUCAGGGUAUCGCCUUUGACAGAGGCAGAAGAAUUAACUAAUGAUGUAUUAGGAAUAAAAAACAUAAUUCCCAACAAGGAUGAGAUCUGGGCUGCUUUUGAAGUGAUUGAAAAUGGAGAGCUAGAGCGCCCUCUACACUACACAGAGAAUGUGUUGGAACAAGUUCUUCACUGGAGUUCAUUACCUGAGCCUGGCUCUGCAUAUCUUGUAAUAAAGAAGUUUCUAACAGCAGAUGCAGUAAAACUCUACAAUGAGAAGAAUGCAAAAGGUAAUGUGAAAGCAGGCUAUAUGAAAUACAAAGAAGAACCAUCAAAAUUACUGUCUGGAAAUAAAUUUCAGGAGCGUUAUUUCGUAUUACGGGAAGGAAAUCUGCUUCUUUACAAGGAUAUGAAGAGUAGCAAACCUGAAAAAGUGCUGCACCUCAGUUCACUGAAACUUUAUCUUGGAGUGAAGAAGAAAAUGAAGUCACCAACAAACUGGGGUCUUACAGUAUAUUCUGAAAAGCACCACUGGCACAUGUGUUGUGAUGGACAGGAUACACAGAUGGAGUGGAUGACCAGUAUUUUCAACGCACAGCACAGUGAUAUAUGGCCACCAGCUGGAAAAGCAAGAAAACAGUCUAUCACUAAAAAUCCAAAGAUUGGAGGCUUACCUCUAAUUCCCAUUCAGCAGGAGAAAAAUGCUUCUAAAACCAGAGGAAAUGCAGAGCAUAUUAAAGCUGGAAACCUGACAUUCAGUGAACAAGAUGAAAAUGACACUGCGGAAGAAAAAAAGAAUUUAAAAGAAAGAGCAUAUAUCGUAGCCCAAUGCCUAGGGCGCAAGGAGGAGAAAGUGAAAAACCAUAUGAAAAAACAUCGAAGCUUGACCUGUGUUGAGGACACAGGUGCUGACAUUGCUGACUUACACCAAAGUCCCUAUAAAGAAUCAAGGACACUGAAGAAACAUGAGAACAAAACAAACAAAUCUCAUUUGGAAUCUGAUAAGUUGCCGCCAAAUGUUAUUCAGGAACUAAAUACAGUUCUGCAGAAAAACAGAGCCCUCCACGAAGAAACCUAAAGCUGAAUUUGUAAGACAGAUGUCAAAAACCCUGAUUAUUCCAGGCAAUAAAUAGCUUGUUUGUUAAAGUGUGUGUACAGUUUGUACAGUGUAGAGACUGUGAAAUGUGUUUAUAUACAGCUGCUGAUUUUUAAAUGACAAUUAUGUAUGUGCUGGUAAUAUGAUAUAAUUUAAGAUUAAACAGAGACCUUUACAUGUAUAAAAUUCCUGGUAUGAAAUCCUGGAUUUUGAAGCCAGUGGGAGUUUUGCUAUUGACUUCAGCAGGGCCAGGAUUUCACCCAUCAUUUUGAACGCAGACUUUGUUAGUGUGCUAACCAGAGUACUUCAAUUAAAAAAGACAGUUUAAAUGUUAAGUAGUUUGCUUACGCUCUGUAUGUCCAGAAUCUUUUUCUAAGCACAGGAGAAAUCUUCUUGUAAAGAGACCAAAGUGCACAUACAGACUGUAGUUGUCUAAUAAUAUAUAAGAAUAAGUAACGUAUGAUCUAAUCUGAUGACAAAUCUUGCAGUAUCUUCUCUCUGCUAAACAGGUUGAAAUUGAUUUUAAAGAAAGUGUAUCCAGGGGACUGGCUAGCUCAUAUGAUCAGGAAUGUGAGGCAGAACUUUCAUCUUCAGAUCCCUCGUUUGGAUGUGACUAGCUUGCUUGUGACAAAGUUAUCUGAUGGCUAUUCAGUAAUCACAUGCAAAAUGAAUUUCCUUAUGAACAGAUGGCCCAGUCACAAAACCACCCAUCAAACUGGCUCUAAUUCAUCCUGUCACAGAAUGGCCAGGAAUGAAAUGAGCAUGGAGAAAAAAUUAUCCUUUCACCCUUAGAGGUGAUCCCACCAGAUCAAGAUGGAGAAAGACAUUGACAGAGGCUGCAAUUUGUGCUAUAGCUCUUCUGAGGAUAACGAGAGGCUUCAGGCUCUACCAAUCUAGUACCCUUUAGGAGCACUAAAUUCAUUAAUAUUGAGGAGGGAAGAGAACGUGCCAUAUUUCAUCAAGCUUUAUAAAGUGUAAUAUUGGCCUUAUUUAUUUAACAAGCAUAUUUUCUGGUUUUUCCCUGUUGCCAUAUUUCUGUGCGAACAGAAGCAGUGUCCUCUGUAAUUAGCUUGUUCCUAUUUUCUGAUAUGAAUGGAUGUCAUAACUGUCAUUGUGAUGUCACAGUUAUGUCUCAUGGUGGUUAGCACGGAACACAUCAGUCUGAAGGAAGUUAAUUCUGAAAGAGAAAGCUGCGAUCUGAAUACAAGUAUCUUCUGUAUGUAAUCUGUAUGUUCUGAAAAGAAGGAUAGAAAAGCUACAAUUUAAUGGGUUUUUAUUAUGUUUUGUUUUUAAUAGUUUGCUGGAAUGUAGCAGUAGCAAGCGUUCCUCAUUCACUUUGCACUUAUUCCAUUUGAUCAACUGUAAAAUCUAAAAGCAAGUUUGUAAUUUUUUUUUUUAUUUUCCGCAGUGCACUUUUGAUUAUUUUGUUAGUCUUAAUUUGUAGCAUGGGCGUAACUCCCAUUUACUUAAGAGAGUGCUGAAUGUGAAAUACAUUCUUAAAUGUUUUCCUGAAUCAGGGCCUAUCUUUGUGGGAAGGAGGAUAUUUCAGCACAGUGCUUAUAUUGUCUGUCUGAGGCGCAGUUGCUGCAAAGGGUACUAAAAAGUAAAGAAAAAAAUUGCUU